CCAAACGCUCACCGGUUCUUAAAUUGUUUUGUAAAUAUCUGUGAAAAUUUGAAAAUCAACCCUUCCCUUGAGCUUUUCCUCCAUAUGUACGAAGUCUUGCCCGGGACUAGUAACUGCCCAGGCUUCGUCUAUUUCCAUUCUCGUAAUAAGAGAUCUUUUGUGACCGGUCUUCCUCCUAGUCACAAAAGAUGGAAGAAAAGAUUUGUUUUUGUUGAAUUCCCCCCUGACCAAUUUCCUUUCUCUAACCCUGAGUGGGCUGACCGGGUUAUAAAACCUGAAAGGGUUCAUCCGGAGCCCACCAAAGAUCUUGAGGACGCCUGCGAGAAACUUCUCAAGGGUGAUCCUGUGGCCGGGAAACCUUAUGCCUAUGGAGGCUGGGUAUUCCGGCUAUCUAACCCGGAUGGGGGUGCGUCCGCGACCCAUGACGCUGAGGAUAACCGGGCUGAUUCUCCGGAUGGUCACGCUGAGGCCGGCUCUCCUCAUCCAGACAUGAACUUCAACAGGAUGACCACCAUCAUUGAGGAUGACGACGAUGAUGUCCAAGUCCUCCACUCCAACCGGUCUCCUCUCUCUAACUCUCCUUCUCCUCCUUACUUCCCCGGAAUGGAUGGGGCCACAAGUGCUAAAGAGGUCGGUGCAUCUUCCUCUUCAAAAGCCAAGGACCAAAAGAGGAAGAGCUCUCAUAAGAGUUCCAGGGGAGGCAAGAAGAGGAAGAUUAGCUUAUCAGACAGGGAGGGGGAAACCAUCGAAGAAGCCUUCCUAUCCCUGGCCAAAAAACUCAGCAAGGCCGGGGUCAUUUCAGAGGAGAUUGGCCAAACAUUAAAGGAGAAGGACCAGGUCUCCCAACUCACCCUCCUCUUUGAUUCUGCUAAGUUAGAGAUCAAUGACCGGGCAGAAAGGGAGAGGAGACUUGAGGAAGAGUUGAGGGAAGAGAGGGCCAGGCUAGACGAGGAAAGAGCCAAGCUGGCGGAGGAGAAGAGAAAGGUGGCUGAGUUAGAAGAAGCUUUGGGACAGGCUGAAGAAUCUGCCCGGGCAAAGGAGGAAGCCUUUCCCACUGAAGCUGCUCACUGGGCUGCGAGCCAUCACUUGGAAACUGCCCGGUCAAUUCUUACCACACCGGAAGAAACCAUGGACUUUUUCAAGACCAUGUAUCAAGAACCGGAAGGCAAGAGGAUGAUCACCGAGAUUGGCUCGUACGGCUUCCAGUGCGGCCAGAAGGAUGAGAGGGGUGGGUUAACCGGGUUUGACCUGGACACACUCGACCCGUAAUAUAAAACACACAACAAGAACACAAAGAAUGACCUAGACCGGGUAAAUCUCCUCAGUCCGAAUUAUAUUUCUUACUCUAUCUCAAGAGUGAACUUUAGUGAGAGAAAAAUUGGAUCCCCUCCUCUAUCCAAUAUCAUCAUAUUUAUAGAGGAGGAUUUGUGACCUUCCCCUGUUCAUCCAUGGACANUCACUGUGUGCCUCGUGAUGGAUGAGCGGCGGGGUGUCCCCUUGCGCUCUGACGUGGUUCACCAUGCCUAAGAGACUGAACCAAUGUUAGCCAAGUAAAGUGAUAUGACCGGU